AUGGUCCGGACCAACCCAAUCCUACCAUCACCUUUGAAUCCUCGGCCAGACCUGAGGCGCGUUAACAAGCUGGGCUCACCGUCAAUCGCCGGCAAGUUACCUUCCAAGCCCACAAACACUCCAAAGUUCGCCGACAAGUGCAGUCGACCGAGGUGCUUGGGCUGCCAUUUUUCCAAGGUCAAGGGAGCCCAAAAGCUCAGAUCAUCAUUGAUCACUAUGCAAAUCGUGGAUGAAGCCGGCUUAAGAAUUUCCGACUGUUCUGCCAGGGACGUUCUGUGUUGGAAUUUACAAUCUUACCUUGAAGCUUUGGAAUUAAAAUCAAGGGAAGCCAAGUGCAAGUCUCAUUCUGCGCAAGUAACCAGCUGA